UCCACGAAGGGAUGCGCCAAGGCGCGACACAUGCGCGGGAGAUGUGAUUCACAUCAGGUUCAUCCCCCUGAUACAUGAAAGCUUUCCCGAACGGACAUAACACAUGGGAUGUAGAUUGGGAGUUGUUUAAUGGACAGUGAAAGAUGGCAGACAGAUCGGAGCUGGUGAAGGCGCAGGGCAGGAGCAGCGCACAGCACCACAACGCCAAAGACACCUCACUGCGCCUCCGAGUUAUCUUCUUAGACGAAAGCGAGCGAGUUUUCGAGGUCGAGCAAAAAAUCCUGGGCUGUGACUUUUUCAACAAAGUGUGUGGACACCUUAAGCUCCUGGAGAAAGAGUACUUUGGCCUGGAAUUCCGUCAUCAUAAUGGCAACUAUGUGUGGCUUGAACUUUUGAAACCACUGGCAAAACAAAUCAAAAACACCAGUGAACUGGCAUUCCGUUUUAUUGUGAAGUUUUUCCCACCAGACCCAGGCCAGCUGCAAAAAGGUUUGACCAGGUAUCUAUUUGCUCUGCAAAUAAAACAGGAUUUGUCAAAUGGAAGCCUCACGUGUAAUGACAACAGUGCUGCGCUGUUGGUCUCUCAUAUAUUGCAGGCAGAAAUUGGGGAUUACAAUGAAGAGUUGGAUGCGCACCACCUAGAGAAUAAGCAGUAUGUGCCAAAUCAGGAGUACCUGGACCACAAGAUUAUUCGCUUUCAUAAGAAACACAGAGGUCACACUCCAGCCAUGUCAGAUGUGCAUUUGUUGGAGGUUGCCCGGAAAUUGGAUAUGUAUGGUAUUCGACCACAUCCUGCUCAUGAUGGAGAAGGCAUGCGGAUCAAUCUGGCUGUUACCCACAUGGGUGUACUGGUAUUUCAGGGUAACACAAAAAUCAAUACCUUCAGCUGGGCCAAGAUCCGCAAAUUGAGUUUCAAGAGGAGGAAUUUCCUUAUCAAACUACACACAGAGGCUGGGCCUUCACGGAGGGACAUGGUUGAGUUCACCAUGGCAAGCAGAGAUAUUUGUAAAACUUUCUGGAAGAUGUGUGUGGAGUAUCAUGCCUUCUUCCGUCUAGCUGAGGAGCCCAAGCCAUAUCAAAAGUCACUGUUUUCCAGCAAGGGAUCCAGGUUCAGAUACAGUGGCAGGACACAAAAGCAACUCCUAGAGUGUGUUGGCACUGGCGAAUACAAACAUCUACCAUUUGAGAGGUCAAACUGCAAGCUUGCCCAUGAAUCUCGGCAAUGCAAGUCGUCCCCAGAUUUGCUCACUGAUGUAUCCAAACAGCUUUACGAGCAAGCCAAUCAAUUGUCCCACCUUGAUGUUUCAAAGCAUGGCACAAAUGUAUUUGCUGAGGGGCUUUACCGGUCCUGUCCCUUGUCAAGACUGCCUGCCAAAUCAAGCAGGGUUGCAUCACCAAAACCACGUUCCAUGUCCACAUCAGGGGCAGAGCGUCAAGGCAGAAGCUCCCAAAGACCUGGGGCAAGGAGACAUCAGUCCCCUAGCUCUCAGCACCUGGUCCUUCUCUAUCCCAACAGCCCCCACCUGCAAUUCCAUCCAGUGCUGCCAACUUUCCCACUUGCAACUUACCCUUUUUUGCUACAAGACUCCACAUCAUCUUCCUUAGACCGUCUCACACAAGCUCACCAGAAUUUUAAGCCUAUGAAGUAUUUGACUAGGCAAACAGGCCACUCCUGUUCACCUGCUUCGUCUUUGUCACCGCCACAACGGCAGCAGCAUCUGGAAAGGCUUCAACUCUCUGGAAUUGGAUUGGCUGAAUCUAGACUGUGCCCCCUAUCAGGAGGACCACUGGGGCUUGGGUUAAACAGAAGGCACAACAUUGGAAAACUAGAAGCAGGGCACUACAGUGAUGACUCUUCCUUUCAGAGUGCAUUACCUUGCCGAGCCUCAAGCCAACCAGAUGUGAAGUUCCAGAGAUCUGCACUAGCUUCUUCAGCUGCUGCAUAUGCUUCAGAGUAUCGGCCUCUGGGGUAUUAUCCCCACCUGUCACAACACCGGGUCCCUACUAGGCCAACCUACCUUCCACUAAGCCCUGCCCCUUUGCCAGAGAGACCCACAUCUUUAUGUGUGCUCGGCACAGGCAGUUACAGUGAUUCAGACUCUGAACUCUUUUAUCCAUGUUACUGUCCUGCUGUAGGGAAAGUGGUACAUUCUGGUCCACUAGCGCGUAUGCGUUUCUCAUCUGGAAGCCUUCAGCUAGAUGAGGAAGAGGGAGAAGAGGAGGAAGAGGAUGACAUGUGCAACCAGAGUGAUGGGGAAAAUACUGCUCUUACCUCUGUCAAGGUAAUGAAACUGUAGCAUUACUCUUGCUAAGGCAUCGUAAACACAAAAUGAGAAUGUGGAAAAUAUUUAUUUCAGACUUAUUAAGGUUCUUACAAUAAAGUAAUGGCAUAACUGGUGCUUUUAUAUUGUGUUACUUUGACAUUUUUUGAUGCAAAUGAUACAUAUGAUCAAUAAUACAAAUUAUAAAAUUAUAUACUGUAUACACUUACUGGCAAUUAGACAGUAUGUUUAGUAUGGAAUUUAUGAGUCCUGUCAGCAUGAUGUUCACUCUCACACAAUUUCCCUGUAUAACAAAUCUGAAUGAAUCUUGUUUGCUUCACAUCCCAUCCAUGAAAUAAGGACUAUAAAGAUUACUGAGAAUGGCAAUGCUUUUCAAGAUUCCCACCUUCUCCUUUGAUAGCUGUCAUAAAUCAGUGGGAUCAGUAUGGGUGAAGCAUGACUAUAGGUGCUGUAGUUGCUUUUCUUCUGGAAGCGAUCCUGUCCCUGUUUCUGACUAGAAGGACCUAAAAAAAGAGUCAUGGAAUCUGGAGCAGCCAGGAGCAUAGAGACUGUGGGAAUCAUGACAAUAACUACAUCAGGACCUGGAGCACAGACAGACAAAGGGAGAGAGGAAACACAAGGAGCUACAUCUAAACCACCACAUCAGGUUCCAUUUAAGUUGGAAUCAUGACUGGAAGUCACGAACUUGGGUGACAGAAGAGUGGAACCAGGAAACAAGCAUGGACAGGGCAAGGGAUAUUAUACAAAAUACCACUUGCCUUUAGGAUUGGGAUUUGAGAGCUCUGAAGUGAAAUCCACAGUAAGCAGUAUUCAUUUUGUCAAUGGAAAUUGAAUUGAUAAGAAUUUACUGAUAAUUCUUUUAUGUAGUGUCUUUAUAUUUUUAUUUUUAUCUUAAAAAUAAAAACUGUGAUGAGAUGUAUAUUUUC